AUGCAGAAAGAUAAUGAGCGCGCGUUCGCAGCUCGGAACAAGAUUGUUGAGCUUGAAGCUAAGAUUGUUGAGCUUACUGCGAAGGUUGAGGAUGCGCAGGCUGAAAAGGCUGCCAAGCAGCAGAUUCAGGUUGAGUUGGUUGAUGUGAAGGUGCAAUUGUCCAGUAAAGAUAAGGAUCUACAGGCCAAGGAUGUCGAGAUCGCUGAGCUUAAAAAGCCUUUGAAGAAGAAGAAGAUAGUUAACUUGGAUCCCGAGGUGACCAGUAAGGGGGCUGGUAGUAGUCGCGCAACCGCUGCUGCUGGUAAAGGUACUCUUCGCCUUCGACAGAGUGACUUAAACGAUUAUGUGAUGAUUAGUGAUUCACUUAAAGGCUUAUCGCGCACAGCUGAGACGAAGACCGGAGCGGGUGGUUCAAGAAGCUCUGGAAGCGCGGGUUCUCGUAACCCUGAUGCUGGCGCGACUCCUUCCACUGCCGCGCAUGAAGAAGAGGAAGCUGAAGAAGAAGAGGAUGCUGCUGCACAGUUGGUCAGCAGAAAAAGAGUUAGGAGCGAGACCACAGCUGGUGUGGCUUUCGCGCCGAUGGUUGGUCCAAUUCCCUUGGUUCGGAAAACGAGCAACCUGCGCUCUCUAUAUAAAUUUUCCCAUGAGAUCAAGAAGAAAACCCCUGAGAAGGGGGUUAAGUUUACUGAGCCAGAGCCGAAGAGGCCGAAGAUCACCAUCAAAUCUUCUCAGACUGCUGGGGUUGAGUCUACCAAGGAGAAAAACGUUGCUGAGAAGGAUGCGGCGAAGGCUACUGAGGCGCAGAGAAAGGUUGAGGAGCGUCGGAAGAAAAUUGAGGAAGAGAAAAAAAGGAAAGCUGAGGAAGAUAGGAAGUCUGAGGAAGCGAAAAAGAAAAAGGCUGAGGAGGAGAAGAGAGCUGAAGAGGCGAAGAGGAAGAGAGCCUCUGAUUUGGAGAGGGAGAGGGAGCAGAAGAAGGCUAUGGAAAAGUCUGUAAAUGAUCCAGAUUUUGAAACUACUAAGGGUCCCGAGAGGAGGACAGAGCCUGAAGUUGUCAAACCUACCCACCCCGCGCAUGCUGAGGCCCAUGAUCGCACAAAGAUAGUUUCUACCAAGGGGUCGGGUCGGUAUGUUUCCAGUGGCGCGAGCUCUGGUGGGGCUGGGGGCUAUAACCCACAAGUCAUUGGGGCGAAGGAUACCGUCGGUGAUAUCUAUUAUAAGAGCUAUACCGAGGAAGAACGUGGUAGCGCUCCUCAUCAAGCUCCCUGGAGUUUGAAGCAAAGGGACACUUUUCAAGAAUUUGGGCCCUGCACGAUUGGUUCUUGA